AUGAAAACCUCAGGGACGGCAAAAAAUCCGGGACGAUUGUUUCAUGCUUGUCCAUACGGAUCUGAAUUGGAAAAAUACCACUUCUUCAAAUGGACUGAUGUUUCAAUGGUGGAGGAGAUAGAAGACAUGAAGAAGAAGAUUGAAAAUUUAGAAGUUCAGAGAAGAUCUUCGGAAGAAGUGAUAAGCUGCCUUGCGAAAGAGAUUGAAACUAUGAAAGCAGAGUCACAAGGAGGUGAAAAAGAAGAGAACGAAGGCAAGGAGAUUGUUGGUGAUAUGCCUUUCUUCAAGAAACUGGUUUGUUGUUUCUGGGCAUAA